CGGGAAGUUGAAGUGGGAUGGUGGGGUUGCCCAGGUGUUGGCAACAAUGCCAGCCUUGUUUCAACUGCAGUUGAGACGAGACUCUUUUGCUUACGACCAACCUUGAGGUGUGUGCUGACCGAAUUCCAGUUGUUCGCACUUGACACUUUGUGGUUCCACUACUAUACUGUACUCUUUGUCUAGCCGUUAGAAUCACGAUGCAUUUUUGUUGCAGAGGGCCUUUGAACAGGUGCAAUUAAUUAUCCACCCUUGGGGCGUGCUUGCUGAAUUUAGCUCAAGGUUGCUAGAAACUUGCAUCGCCUUGGGACUUCAAGCAAUUCGGUUGAGAUGGCUCUCCCCAUGAAGAAGUCCGCGAUGAAGUCCGCUAUGAAGUCCAUGAAAAAGGCUGCAACACCUGCAACUAUGAAGGUCAUGAAGAGGAAGGCUGUGAGCAAGAUUGCACGAGGCAAGCUGGCAAAGGUGUCAGUCUUCAAGGGGAACAAGGAGAAGACUGCAUCGGGCCACGCCAAAACCGAUCUCAUGAAGAACAAGAGGGGCAAGGUCAUCACAAAGUCGAAGAAUGCCGCUGGCAAAAAGGCGUACAAGAACAUCUCUGCCUGGACCAUCGCUUGCCAGAAGGCCAGGAAGGAGCUGAGCAUCAAGGGUUUCUGUGCCGUGAAUGGAAAGACACUUCAGGGCAAGACACUCUACACCAGGGCCAAGGCAAUCUUUGCUGAAGGAUGACUCUUUGUCCCAUAGGUCAAGCUUGCGUGGUAGUUCACGGAGCAUUGAACCUCUUAUUGAUGGACAAGUGGGCUCAACAUGUAUAGACUGAUUUGUUGAGAUGUGCUUGCAGUCCAGACCUCAAAA